UUCCUGCUCAGUGGAGCGUACACCCAGGAGAUAGAACGAGAAGUUAACAGAGGUUAGUUUUUCUGUUGGCUUGAUCCGGACAGGACAGGGAAGAGAAUGGAAGUAAGGAUGAUAUUUACUAAAAGAAAGAAAUUUAUGUUUAUUAUUGGACUUUCGAUUUUGUCGUACGUUGUUUACUUCAAGAUCUCAAGCACACCGAAUUAUCUGCCUUUUGAAGGAACGACCAAAUCGCCACAGCGCAAACGCAUCCCUUCACUUCAACACAACGACUCAGAUGUCCAUUUCUCUCUGGCGACGAAAGAAGAAUUCUGGGACGAUGGUCCGAUAGAUAUCUAUGAAGCUUUCGCUCAACAUUCCUACAAGACUUUAGAGACGUGUAACAAUACUUGUCAUGCUGUAGAGACUGUGUGUAAGGCUAAUACUAUUAAACUGUUGGAUAAAAUAAACUUAGACGAUAUUGUAGAGAAGAAACCUUUUCUCGCAAGAGGGCAGUAUGUUUUUGAAUGGGAGAAAAAAUAUUUGAGUUAUCCCCCUUUGAACGAUAUUAAAACGCUGCCAGAUUUGAAGUUGUCUAAAGUGACAGUUGAAAACACAAGACAAGGUGUGGUCAGGUGUAAGAUACUUGAAACUAUACACGGUCGUCUGGAUGUCGUGGAUGGGUACGGGCGUCAGAGAACCAAGGGAGACGAUGUGGUCAGGGUGUGGAUGAAGGGAGGUAAUAACUCAGAUCACGCUGUUGUUGGUAACGUCACAGAUUUACAAAAUGGCAGCUAUACCUUCACUGUUAAAUGUUUGUGGGCUGGUAUCUCUAAGCUGAGUGUCGCCAUUUCCUACCCUCGGGAGUUUCUAAGAAUAGCCAUACACCAGAUCUAUAUCGGGCGCUCGUGGUAUAUGACAGGCACGUUCGAGAAAUCAUCGAUAAAAGAGAGUACAUUUUGUUUCCAUACCCCAAACUUACCAGGCUGGGAGUGUAUCUGUAACUUCAGCACGUUUGGUUAUGAGAAUUAUUACUGUGGUAGACCAAGGGAUCCCAGAUUAACGUGUGAUGACUGGGUGAGUGGAGACAGCGCCACAGUACCACAGCCACACGAUGUGACAGACGCUGAGAGACAUUUAGUUAAGAACAUCUGCAGUAAACCAGUAGAGAAAACAGUAACACACAACUUUACUGUAAUUACAGAAAAUGCGGGGAAACUCCCGGACCUACCAUUGUGUCGGCAGUCUAGCAGACGUGUCACGUGGACUCAAACGACCCCCAAAGGUUUCUGGUCCCCGGGCAACGUCUGGUCCUCCCUCGUCUGUCAAGACCCCGGGGUCGUCAACUCCAGCUGGUUCUUGAACUGCAUGAGAAACACGUCCGUCUGGUUCUUUGGGGACUCCAACGCUAGAAUGCCCUACUUAAAUUUAUUAGAAAUUACAAAAUGUGACAACGUUACAGGGGGAUAUCCGUUAUGGACGAGUUGCUACUUGCCAGAAUACGGUACCAGUAUUCAUUUAAACACUCACGAAGGUCCGAUACAUAUACAUUUUCCGAGACAAGAAUUUUUCACAAUACCGAAGUUUAUAUUAACACUCCCUAAAAACAAAAAACAUGUUCUCGUUAUUCAUUACUAUCUACAUCUCAUUAUAUCUCAUUUAUCUGUGCUGUUAUUACGGAUGAAGUCUUUGAGAAUCGCUAUAGAAGAAAUGCUGAGGACAAACCCGAAUGUCCUGGUGGGACUUAGAGGACCUCAUGUGUCCUCUUGGGAGCUGGAUCACAACCAUGCAGUUGGAGGAGAUCCGUUAGGACCGCAGUUCUUGGAGAUCAUACGGGAACAGUUCAGAGGUCUAGAAGAUAAAGUCGUGUUUCUAGACAUGUGGGAGAUGUCCAUUGGAAUAGAAAAUUUCGAUUAUCAUCCGCCGCAGUAUGCUAACCGUGAGAUGAUGAAGUUUUUGUUGUCUUUUCAGUGUUGAUACGCUGUGUUGUGUUGUUUGAUUUUAAAGUGUUGUAAUGUAUAACACAGGUGACCUUAAUGG